GUAGUAUCUGUCAAGUACUACACCUAAUCCAUGUGUUGCUUCUGACUUCCUGAGCUUGUGGCUUGCGAUAGAGGUCAAAGUUUGAGGCAGCCGCGCGCGAGGGCGGCCAUGCUUCCCAAGGAGCUGCUACUCGCCCAACUGCUUGUGGCAGUGGUCGUCGAGGGCGGUGUGGAGUUCGCCUACGAGGGCUUCGCCGCCGCGGGGCUGGCGCUCGGCGGUACAGCCAGCGUCACGCCGGAUGGGCUUCUGCUGCUCACCAACGACACCAACUUGAACAUAGCCCACGCCUUCCACCCGGAUCCGGUCAGGUUCCACCGUCCAUCGUCGACGUUGGGUGGUGGCGCGCCCGUGAUGUCCUCGUUCUCGACUACCUUCGUCUUCGCCAUCGUGUCGGAGCUGAUCGGCCUGAGCACGAGCGGCUUGGCGUUCCUGGUCGCGCCGACCACCAGGGACCUGUCUACUGCAACUGCGGCGCAGUACCUAGGGAUGUUCAACGCCAGCGACAACGGCGACCCACGGAACCACGUCUUCGCCGUCGAGCUGGACACCGUGCGCAACACGGAGUUCGAGGACAUGGACGGCAACCACGUCGGCAUCGAUGUCAACAGCCUUAACUCCUCGGCGGCCGCCACGGCGGGCUACUACGACGACGCCACCGGCGCAUUCCAGAACCUGGACCUGGGGAGCCGGGACCCGAUGCAGGUAUGGGUAGACUACGACGCCGCGACGACGGAGAUUACGGUGGCCAUGGCUCCGGCGCGGUCGCCCCGGCCCAAGAGGCCGCUCCUGUCCACGAGGAUCAACCUCUCGACGAUCAUCGCCGACACAGCGUACGUCGGCUUCUCGUCGGGGUCCAGCAUCGUGCUGUGCAAGAACUAUGUGCUAGGCUGGAGCUUCAGCCUAGAGGGCGGCGCCGCUCCAGCGCUCGACGACGCCAAGCUGCCGAAGCUGCCCCGCAUUGGCGCCAAGCCUCGGUCCAAAGCGCUCGCCAUCGUGCUGCCCAUCAUCACCACGGCCACCGUCCUCGCGGCGGUCGGCGUCGGCCUCCUGCUCCUCCGCCGCCGUCUCAGGUACGCUGAGCUGCGUGAAGAUUGGGAGGUGGAAUUCGGGCCCCAUCGGUUCGCGUUCAAGGAACUGUACGACGCUACCGCCGGGUUCAAGGACAAGCGGCUGCUCGGCGCCGGAGGGUUCGGGAGCGUGUACAUGGGCGUACUCCCAGGGUCCCGGUCCGAGGUCGCCGUGAAGAGGGUGUCGCACGAGUCGAGACAGGGGAUAAAGGAGUUCAUCGCCGAGGUCGUCAGCAUCGGGCGCCUCCGUCACCGUAACCUCGUCCAGCUGCUCGGCUAUUGCCGGCGCAAAGGGGAGCUAUUGCUGGUAUACGAUUACAUGCCAAACGGCAGCCUGGACAAGUACUUGCACGGCCAUGGCGAGGAGACCGCUCUCGACUGGGCUCAGAGGCUCCGGAUCAUCAAAGGCGUCGCGUCCGGCUUGCUCUAUCUCCACGAGGACUGGGAGCAGGUCGUCAUCCACCGGGACAUCAAGGCCAGCAAUGUGCUCGUCGACGGCGAGAUGAACGGUCGGCUAGGCGACUUCGGCCUCGCGAAACUGUACGACCAUGGAGCGCCUGCCAAGACCACGCAUGUGGUCGGCACCAUGGGGUACCUCGCGCCGGAGCUGGUGCGCACCGGCAGGGCGACCACCCUCUCCGACGUGUUCGCCUUCGGCGCGUUCCUCCUGGAGGUCACAUGCGGUCGGAGGCCCAUCGAGGAGUCGGAGGACGUCCACGAACGAUUCGUGCUGGCGGACUGGGUGCUGGGGCACUGGCGGAAUGGUGCCAUCACGGGCGCCGUGGACGCCAAGCUCCGCGCGGGGUACAACGCCGCCGAGGCGGAUCUGGUGCUCCGACUGGGGCUGACAUGCCUGCAUCCGUCGCCAGUGGCGCGCCCAAGCAUGAGACAGGUCAUGCAGUACCUCAACAGCAGCGUGCCGUUGCCAGAGCUUCCCCCGACCUACGUGACGAUCAACAUGCUCGCGUCCAUGGAGACACACCAGGGCGUUCUUGGCACGCGUGCUGUCUGGAGGUCGACGUCGAGCAUCGCCACCAUGUCUGACAGUGACAUUGGCUUCUCAACCGGCCGAUGACCUGGGCAAGGUAUUCCAAAGCCUGCCAUUUUAGAGCAUGCUGCUGCUGAUUGGGAGAAGGUGGUUAUUUAAUUGGUGACAAUUGGGAGACAUAAGACAUCAGCAGACAAUUGAUUUGCCUUUUAUCUUCCAGUCUUUUUUUUUUUUUACUGAAUGGACAAUUUGGACAUGUAAAGAUCAUUAGUACAAUUUUGAGAAAGUACGAGUUUCUUGGAAUA